UCAUCGCGUGAUCAUUACAGUGAUGGUAGUCGAAGGACGCAAAAUAUCCGUGCUUGUAACAGUUCUUGCAUUCCUUGCGGUGACAGAAGGGGAGGAUAAUGCCUUUGUGGACGAUCCACCCGAUGGAUACUGGCAGAGAAGUUCAUUAGAUGACUGUCCCAGUCUGUUUUACAGCGAUGAUGUCUCAAGUGCCUUGGGGUUCUACAUUCUUGGAGGACUACGAGCAUUUCGCAGUGAAUUUCCUCACAUGGCAGCAAUUGGUUGGAUAAACAAAGAUACCGAUAGAAUAGAGUACAGUUGUGGAGGUUCACUCAUCUCUGCUCGAUUCGUAGUAACAGCUGGCCACUGUGGACUCAAUGACGACAGAGUACCUCCAAAUAUUGUUCGGUUGGGUGACACUGACCUCUCAUCGAAAGAAGACGAUAUAUACGCCCAAAAUAUCCGAAUAAAAAAAUUCAUUCAUCAUCCUAAUUACAAACGAUCACAGAAGUACUACGACAUCGCACUAAUUGAAUUGGAACAAGACGCAAAGCUGGAUUUCACAGUGUGCCCUAUAUGUUUGUGGCCACAUGAUAACCUAAACACGUUUUCCGGUGGUCUGCAAGUUGUUGGAUUCGGAAUUACGGAGUACGGUUCAGACUCAAGUCCUACGUUACAAAAGGCCACUUUAAACUACUGGGACUAUGACACCUGCAAUACCAUGUUGCCACGUCCAAAAUCACUAUUCAGAGGCCUUGCCAAUGAUCAGUUUUGCACCAGAACACCAACUAAGGACACCUGUCAGGGUGACUCCGGUGGUCCCAUUCAGAUUGAGCUCUCCGAUGUCAAUAAAGUAAUUCCUUAUCUAGUGGGAGUCACAUCCUUCGGGACCGGCUGUUGGGAGGGGUCUUUCGGUGUGUAUACAAAGAUCUCAAAGUACAUCGAUUGGAUCAGGACGAUGGUGAACGUCACUGUAGAUCCGAUAGUAUAUUCCAGAAUGCGCACGCAAGUCAGAAUGUCUUUCGUCGAGGAAAUUUUCGGACAGUAGAAUCACUCCGCAGAAUAAUUCACCAUUCUUUCGGGUUGAACUCCACCGUUCGGGCAAAAGCUUCAAUCAUUGCAGCGGUGCACUGAUAGACUACCGUCAUGUCGUGACUUCGGCUAGCUGCACAAGCUGGAACACACUGGAACCUACCCACAUCAAGGCCAACGACCAA